AUGCCACCCAAAGGUAGAACUCCGCGCGCGGCGACCAAAUCGCAGCAGUCAACGCUCGCUUUCCACGGAUCGACGAACAAGGUCACAAAGUCCGGUGUCAAGGCACAAGCCGCAAAGAAGAGCAAUGUGGAGAAGAAGUUGAAAGAGGCAACACCUGAAAUCCUGGAGACAUUAGGCGUAGGGCCGACGACGACUGAAGUGGCCAUUAUUGAGCAAACGGAGCAGGAGGUCGAGGCGCAACGAGUGGAGAGGUCGCCAGAGGAGGAGCAAGCGCGGCGCAUGUCAGAUGGGUUUGUCAAGAGGUAUUGGGCAGAAAAGGAAAAGCAAAGGCGAGCAGGUAGAGUGCACCAGGAGGAGUUGAGUCUCCAUGACAAGGUGCUUCGGGAGUUCGACAUGAGCGCACACUAUGGCCCGUGUACUGGAAUCGCUCGAUUGAAGCGGUGGAAGCGAGCGCAACGGCUCGGGCUUGACCCGCCGGUCGAGGUGCUUGCUGUGCUACUCAAGGAGCAGGAGGGCAGUGCGGGGAAGAGUGUUAGUGUGCAGCGAUCGAUUGUGGACGAGAUAUUGAACAUCAAGGCCGAGGUUGAUGUAUGA